AUGUCAGCCGCGGAAGAGUUACCGGCGGCGGAACCAUGUUCGUCGGCAAGCGGGACAGCCGGGCCACCGUGCUUCAUAAUCACUCAUUCAGUAUCUAAGCGGCAUAACAUCGGGACCAUCGUGCGCAGCGCGACGGCAUUUGGGGUGAAAGAGGUAUGCCUGGUCGGGUCGCGCCAGUUCAACACCUUCGGCAGCCAUGGUUCCGACGCCCACGUCGCUUUUAAACAUUUUGACACGUUGCAGCAAUGCGUGCAGCACCUGAAGGACGUGGAGGGCUGUCGCGUGCUGGGUAUUGAGAUCUGCGAGGGAGCGCUCCCCGUGCACGAACACCCCUUCACAGGCAGCAGCCCCACCGCCUUCCUGCUGGGCAAUGAGGGCCAGGGGCUGUCUGAGCGGCAGAUGGCGCUGUGCGACGGCUUCGUGUACAUCCCCCAGCACGGACCAGGAACCGCCUCACUCAAUGUGGCGGUGGCUGCCUCCAUCGUGCUGCACCACUUCGCGGUGUGGGGGGCCUACCCGGAGAGGGAGCGACACGGCUUCAAAUUC